AUGUGUGGCAUUUUCGGAUACAUUAAUUAUCUCGUUGAGAGGGACCGUAAAUACAUCCUUGAUACUCUGCUCAACGGUCUAUCGAGACUGGAAUACCGCGGAUACGACUCUGCGGGACUUGCGAUCGAUGGCGACAAGAAGAAUGAAGUCUGUGCCUUCAAAGAGGUUGGCAAGGUUGCAAAGUUGAAAGAGCUUAUCGAAGAAUCGAAACCCGACCUUACCAAGACCUUUGAAUCUCAUGCUGGUAUCUCCCAUACACGCUGGGCCACCCACGGAACACCAUCUCGUCAGAACUGCCACCCACAUAGGUCCGACUUGAACUGGGAGUUCGCUGUGGUUCACAAUGGUAUCAUCACCAACUACAAGGAGCUUAAAGCUCUACUGGAGAGCAAAGGCUUCCGGUUUGAAACGGAGACAGACACUGAGUGUAUCGCCAAGCUCACGAAAUAUCUUUACGACCAACAGCCAGACAUUGAGUUUACAGUACUGGCCAAGGCUGUUGUUAAGGAGCUUGAGGGUGCCUUUGGUCUUCUCAUCAAAUCCGUGCACUACCCUCAUGAAGUGAUUGCUGCCCGUAAAGGGUCUCCCUUGGUCAUCGGUGUCCGUACAUCCAAGAAAAUGAAGGUUGAUUUCGUGGACGUCGAGUUCUCCGAAGACGGUGCCCUUCCGGCUGAGCAGGCUUCUCAGAAUGUAGCCAUCAAAAAGUCCGCCACUGGGCUCCUCGCUCCUCCUGACAAGUCCCUCCUGCACCGUUCCCAGUCUCGUGCUUUCCUGUCUGAUGAUGGGGUCCCCCAGCCGGCAGAAUUUUUCCUGUCUUCCGACCCAUCGGCAAUUGUCGAACAUACGAAGAAGGUUCUUUACCUUGAAGAUGAUGAUAUAGCUCAUAUCCACGAGGGCCAGCUCAACAUUCACCGGCUGACCAAAGAUGAUGGAACCUCCAAUGUCCGCGCCAUUCAGACAAUCGAACUCGAGUUGCAGGAAAUCAUGAAAGGAAAAUUCGACCACUUCAUGCAAAAGGAGAUUUUUGAGCAACCAGAAUCUGUGGUCAACACCAUGAGAGGCCGACUGGAUGUUGCGAAUAAACAAGUCACGCUCGGCGGGCUUCGACAGUACAUUUCUACCAUUCGGCGGUGCAGAAGAAUCAUUUUCGUUGCUUGCGGAACGAGCUACCAUUCGUGUAUGGCUGUGCGUGGAGUUUUUGAAGAGCUUACUGAGAUUCCUAUCUCCGUUGAGCUUGCCUCCGAUUUCCUAGACAGACAGGCGCCUAUUUUCCGAGAUGACACGUGUGUCUUUGUUUCCCAAUCUGGAGAGACUGCAGAUUCACUUAUGGCACUUCGGUAUUGUCUUGAAAGAGGUGCCUUGACUGUCGGUAUUGUCAAUGUUGUGGGUUCCUCUAUCUCACUCUUGACCCAUUGCGGUGUUCACAUCAAUGCGGGUCCCGAGAUUGGCGUUGCUUCCACCAAGGCUUAUACCUCACAAUUCGUGGCCAUGGUCAUGUUUGCACUUUCAUUGAGCGAAGACCGCGCUUCCAAGCAGAAGAGACGCGAGGAGAUUAUGGAGGGACUUUCCAAGAUCUCCGACCAAUUCAGAGAGAUCCUGAAACUUAACGAGCCCAUCAAACAAAUGUGCGAAAAGUUUUUCAAGGACCAGAAGAGCUUGCUUCUGCUUGGUAGAGGUGGCCAAUUUCCUACGGCCCUUGAAGGUGCGCUUAAAAUCAAGGAAAUCUCUUACCUCCACUGCGAAGCUGUCAUGUCGGGUGAAUUGAAGCACGGUGUCCUUGCUUUAGUCGACGAGAACCUGCCAAUUAUCAUGAUUCUCACCAGAGACAACAUCUUCAUCAAGUCUUUGAAUGCUUAUCAGCAAGUUAUCGCCCGUGGAGGUCGCCCCAUCGUCAUCUGCAACCACGAUGAUCCGGAAUUCUCUUCGGCUCAGACGGAGAAGAUCGAAGUCCCUAAGACAGUCGACUGUCUCCAAGGGCUUAUCAAUGUCAUCCCGCUUCAACUAAUCGCUUAUUGGCUUGCGGUCACAGAGGGUUUGAACGUUGAUUUCCCUCGGAACCUGGCCAAAUCGGUGACCAGCUCGGGUCUCAGAGUUGCAAUCGUUCACGCGCGGUGGAACAUGGAGAUAAUCGGCCCUCUUGUUGACGGGGCCAAACGAAGCCUCCUAUCAGCCGGAGUUCUGGAAGAGAAUAUAUCACUGCAUACAGUUCCAGGCAGCUACGAGUUGCCCUAUGCCGCCCAGCGGAUAUAUGCCGCCUCGCAGAUUCAAGCUGCUAGAAGCUCGGCUUCUGCUCAGGCCAUCAGCGCCACGGACUUGCUUUCUUCUUCGUCUGCAGACCUUGCAAACCAAUCUACUCAACCGCCAUCUACCGAUACGCCCCAGCCAUUCGAUGCCAUAAUAGCGAUAGGUGUUUUGAUCAAAGGGGAAACCAUGCAUUUCGAAUACAUUGCCGAUGCUGUGACUCACGGAUUGAUGCGCGUCCAGCUGGAGACGGGCGUGCCUGUCAUCUUUGGUGUACUUACUGUACUGAACGAGGAACAGGGACUUGAAAGAGCCGGUUUGGGUAAAAAGGGCAUGCAUAACCAUGGCGAAGAUUGGGGCAAUGCGGCCGUGGAACUCGGAGCAAAGAGAAGAGACUGGGCUGAAGGCAGAAACGUUUAG